UGUGUCUUUAACGCUAUCCCUGCCGCUGAAAGGUUGGUUUGCUUGCAUCGUAUAGCGAUUGUUUCCGGAGAUGAUACAGAAGGCAAUUGUACUGUGUAGGCUACAAUUAGCCCAGCGUUUGUCCCUUUGCAGCCGUCUUGUAUUAAGUCUUAAAUUUAAACCUAUACUGAUGUUGUGAGAACAACCGCAUUCGCGCGUCUGACAAUUUGACAUGGUGAAACGGAAAAGCCAGGACGAUACGCAGCCGGAUUAUGGCCGAGGCAUCCCCUUCCCAAUACAGACAUUUCUGUGGCGACAGACCAGCGCCUUUCUGCGACCAAAGUUGGGAAAGCAAUAUGAAGCAUCCUGUGUGUCAUUUGAACGUGUGUUGGUGGAGAAUAAGCUCCAUGGCCUUUCCCCUGCAUUGACUGAGGCUAUCCAGAGCAUUCCUCGUCAUGAGCUGCUCCAAGCAGCACUGCCUCAUGUUCUUCACUGCACUGCCAUAUUGUUGUCCAACAGAAACAAAUUGGGGCACCAGGAUAAGUUAGGUGUGGCAGAGACAAAGCUCUUACACACAUUACACUGGAUGCUAUUGGAGGCUCCUCAAGAGUGCCCUCCAGGGUAUGGGCAGGGAGUUGGCAGCAGUCAUGCUCUCCUGGCAAACCAGAGUGCCGCAUUCCCCAAUGCCUCUACAGAGGAGGAUGAGAAUGUCCGUUUCAAAUUGUACCAGCGCAGCAUGGCCACUGUUGAGUUGUUCAUAUUUCUGUUUGCUCCUCUCAUCAACCGAAUAAAGGAGUCAGAUCUAACCUUUAGAUUGGCCAGUGGCUUGGUCAUUUGGCAACCAAUGUGGGAGCACCGUCAGCCUGAUGUACCAGUUUUCUCUGCCUUCAUCAAACCUGCACGCAGCAUUGUAACAGCCAAAAGAACAUCUACUGGGAUCAAACUGUGCCCCUCGCAAAGUGACAGUAACCCUGGGACCAUGGGUGUUCAGGUGGUCUGUGAGACAAGCCAAUCAAGUACCUCUCCCUCUGCUGGAGGACAGAGUUGCCGUCGUGGUAAUUCUGUGGAGAGUAGCGGCCUCUCACAACAGCCUUCACAGAAGAGGUUUUCGGCUCCUGAUGGUGUUGCAGUGUCCUUCUCACAGAAGGCACGGUAUGCCACGUUUUUUGAUGUGGCAGUACUGCGUUGCCUCCUGCAGCCUCACUGGGUAGAGGAAGGUGUUUACUGGGCACUUAUGUUCUACCUGCAUCGGCUCAGGGAGAUACUGGAGGAAAAACCCCAUAAACAGUCAGAACCACCAAACACAGCGCUGCCACGCCCCCGAAGUUCCUCUAUGGUGGCUGUGACUCCCUCAUUGGUCAACACACACAAGACACAGGACAUGCUGAAGUGUAAUGAAGAGGAAAAGUCUCUGAGCUCAGAGACCUUUGGGAAAGUGUCUCUUACCAACCUGAGGAGGCAAGCUGUUCCUGAUCUAUCUUCAGACCUGGGCAUAAAUAUCUUUAGGAAGUUCAAGAACCGCCGGGAGGACCGUGAGCGUAAAGGUUCGAUACCGUUUCAUGUGGGAGGAGCCAAGAAGCGCCAACGGCGUAUGGGUGUUCCUUUCCUGCUACAUGAGGACCACCUAGAAGUUUCUCCUACAAGAAGUACCUUCUCCUUCUCCAGCUUAAGUGGCCUCACAGAUGACCGGCGACCUCUUGACCGUGGUGGUUGGCAGGCAACAAUUAUGGGAAAGUUCACUCGGCGUGGCAGCACAGAGAUGGCGACAGACACUGACAGUCUGUCUGUAAAACACACCCAUUCGCAUCACAAUCUGCCAGAGCAUACUAACAGCCAUGUAGACAACACCAUCAAAGAGGGCGUGCAAUCUCAGAUCUCCACAAUCACCAUGGCAACAUUCAACACUACAGUGGCAUCAUUUAAUGUGGGCUAUGCUGACUUUUUCACUGAGCACAUGAAGAAACUUUGCAGCCCUGUGCCCAUCCCUGAGAUUCCCAAUGAACCCCUGGCAUGUGCAAAUCUGCCCCGUUCUCUAACUGACUCAUGCAUCAAUUACUCUUCGUUAGAGGAGGGGGACAACAUUGACGGAACCAAUAACUUCAUCCUGAAGAAUGGCAUGCUUGAUCUCACAGCAGUGCUCCGUGCUUUGUAUGCAGUGCUCAAUCAUGACAUCAGCUCACGGGUGUGUGACGCUGCGCUCAGUAUCAUUGAGUGUUUGUUACAGCUUGGUGUCCCGGGAAAGAACAAGUGGCAAACUUGCAACAAGGACAAUUCAGAAGCACGAUCCAGAGACGGAAGCAAUCUUAGGACACCAAUGGGAGAGUUUGGAGUGGGACCUGAUGGAGGAGGUGGGGAUGGAGAUGGGGGUGGAGGAGAUGGAAGAGAUAGCAAAGAUAACAUAAAAAAUAACAAACCAAAGGAGGAAGAGACCUCGUCUUUAAGCCCGCAUAGGUUGGCACUUACUAUGCUGAUCAAGAUAGUGAAAUCACUUGGCUGUGCCUAUGGCUGUGGAGAGGGUCAUCGAGGCCUGUCUGGAGACCGGCUGCGGAUGCAGGCCCAAAGUUGCCUUACUACCUUAUACAAGAUGGAUAAGGUUCAGUUCCGUCAGACAAUGAGGGAGUAUGUCAACAAAGACUCACUCAACAAUGUUGUGGACUUUCUUCAUGCACUUCUGGGAUUCUGCAUGGAACCCAUCACUGACAAGCACGGCCUUGCAGGUGACCGUUUCCACCGGGAGCAUAAGAAAACGCUCGAUAAGGCAGGGUUUGGGAAUAACUUCACCACAGGAGGGGACAAGUCUGUCGCCCAGAGCAUGGAAUCAGUUGUUGUGGGCUGUAUGUUCAAGUCCCUAAUCACACGAUGUGCCUCCACCACACAUGAACUCCACAGCCCAGAGAAUCUGGGUCUGUACUGUGACAUCAGGCAACUGGUGCAGUUCAUAAAAGAAUCUCAUGGCAAUGUGUUCCGGCGUGUAGCUCUAAGUGCCCUGUUGGACAGCACAGAGAAACUCACAAGUCAACGCAAACCUGAGGAAAAAGAAGACGUCAAUAAACCACCUACACGCAGGUCAGAGUUGGGAACAUUGGGUGAAAAGGGCCAGUCAGCCUCUGCUGCUGAUGAGUGUCGCAGCUGCAUCUCCAGCCGACCCCCUCAAACACCAGAACAUGAGGAACAGAUUCCAGGUGCUCUACUGGGAAAGAAAGAUUUCUGGAGGAAAAUGUUCAAGUCCCAGAGUGCAGCAAGUGACACUAGUAGCCAAUCAGAGCAGGACACGUCAGAGUGCACUACGGCUCACAGUGGUACCACCAGUGAGAGGCGCUCACGCUCAAGAUCACGACGCAUCUCUCUGCGCAAGAAACUCAAGUUACCCAUUGCAUGCCGUCGGACUAUCCGCCUACCACUCACACUAUCUGUAUUACGUAACUGGCUGAAACGCUCUUCCUUGUCUGGUUUAACGGAUGGUGUAGAAGACCUAUUAGACAUCAGUUCAGUGGAUCGCCUCUCUUUCAUUCGCCAGAGUUCAAAGGUAAAAUUUACAAGUGCAGUUAAGUUGUCUGAGGGUGGUGGGAUGGAAUUUGGCCAUGACGAAGAGGAGACCUUCUUCAAGCGGCUCGGUAAAUGGCGUUCAGGCCGGCGGAACCCCUCGAAGGUCCACCAUACAGAAGACAAAGAUGGAUGUCAUAGUUUCCAGGAGAGGCUGGUAGCCAGUCAGGAGGCUCUGAAGAACCGGAAUGUUGUUAACCUUGGUGCAAUUCGACAAGGAAUGAAGAGAUUCCAGUUUCUCCUCAACUGUUGUGAGCCUGGUACCAUUCCGGAUGCAUCCAUACUGGCUGCUGCUCUUGAUCUGGAAGCUCCAGUUGUUGCAAGAGCUUCACUCUUUCUGGAGUGUGCACGGUUUGUGCAUCGCUGUAAUCGCGGCAACUGGCCUGAGUGGAUGAAGGGCCAUCAUGUCAAUAUUACCAAGCGAGGUUUGUCACGUGGACGCUCACCGGUUGUUGGAAACAAAAGGAAUCAAAAGCUUCAGUGGAAUGCUGCCAAACACUUCUGCCAAUGGGGCGACGCUAUCGGUACACGUUUAAGUGAACUGUGCCACUCAGACAGUGAGAGUCCAGCAAAUAUCCUUGGCUUCAUCUUUGAUGAGGAGACCAAACGGAAGAUGAGGAAGGAGGAUGAGGAAGAAGAUUACUUGGAUGAUAUAGACACCGUGAAUCCUACCAAAUGUGGCUGCCCAUUUGCUCUGAAGAUGGCAGCAUGCCAGUUGCUGUUGGAGAUCACCACCUUCCUACGAGAGACUUUCCCUUGCCUACCCCGUCCACGCACUGAACCCCUGGUUGACCUGGAUAGUUGUCGUCUUCGUUUGGACCCUGAGCUAGGACGUCAUCGAUAUGAGCGCAAGAUUAGUUUUGCUGGUAUCCUGGAUGAUGAGGAUGGACAUGAUUCCCUGAAUAGCAGCAGCCACACGCUCAAAUCCGACACUGCUUUUGAUGACAAAAAAAAUCAAGACACCAUCGGUCCUAACAGAAAGAUUCGAAUUGGCGGAUCACGUUUGCUACAGAUUAAAGGAGCAAGGAGUUUUAGAGUGAAAAAGGGGGGAUCUCUCUCUUCGAUCAAACGUGCAGGGAGUCUAAAGAGCACUAAGAUGUCCCGACAGGAUUCUGAGUCUGAGAACGAAGAAGGACUUCUGUCUCAGAGCAGAGAUACAGUCACUGACAUAGGAAGCCCAUGCAGCACAAGUGAGCCAAGUAUUGAACCGGAAAGACAGAGUACAGGAGCUGGUGAAGAGAACUAUCAUCGCAACAUGUCUUGGCUACACGUGAUGAUUCUACUGUGCAAUCAGCAGAGUUUCAUCUGCACACAUCAAGAUUUCUGUCACCCUCGUUGCUACCAGCAUCAUAGUCGAUCAUGUGCUCGCCUCGUCCGAGCAAUCAAGCUGUUGUAUGGGGAAACAGUGGAUGGUCUAAGAGAUGCAUCUGGAAUGAACAUUGGGACAAGGACAAAGAAGAACAAAGAGUGCUCGGAUAAGUCUUGUCUCAGGACCCCAUCCAUGAAAAGACGUCCCACUGACAGUAAUACAGAAGGGAAGAAGGACACGGGAAUGCUCAAGUACAUCCGCAAUCAGGUGAUGAGUCUGUCUCCAGCACCACUCUCAUUGCUGAUAAAAGCAGCACCUAUUCUCACUGAGGACAUGUAUGGAGACAUCCAGCCUGCUGCCUGGGAGCUGCUUCUAAGUGUGGAUGAACAUAUGGCUGCUGCCGCUGCCGCAAUGUUCCUGCUGUGUGCAGUAAAAGUCCCUGAUGCUGUGUCAGAGAUGAUGUUGGCUGAGUUUCAACAUCAAGAGGCAGGUCAGCGCAUCAGUUCUGUAUUGAAAUUCCAAACACUCUGGCGCUUCCGUUACCAGGUGUGGCCCCGUAUGGAGGAGGGUGCACAGCAAAUUUUUAAGAUUCCACCUCCCAGUAUCAACUUCACUUUACCUUCUCCCAUCUUGGGUAUGCCAUGUGUGCCCAUGUUUGAUCCUCCAUGGGUGCCCCAGAACACAGGCAGUGUGCAGGAUCCAAUCAACGAAGACCAGUCGAAGUCAUUCUCGGCACGUGCAGUGUCACGUUCUCAUCAACGGGCUGAACACAUUCUCAAAAAUUUGCAGCAGGAGGAGGAAAGAAGGAGGCUGGGCCGGGAGGCAUCUAUUAUCACAGCCAUACCCAUCUCUCAUGAAGCCUGCUAUGAGCCCACCUGCAGCCCCCCACCUGAACAGGAGGAAGAGGAGGAGGUUAUAAAUCUGGCCUCGCGGCGUCUUUCAGUGAGCCCCUCCUGUGCCUCCUCAAAUUCUCAUAGGAACUACUCCUUUCGCAGAGGCUCUCUGUGGAGUGUGCGCUCUGCUGUCAGUGCGGAAGAUGAGGAUAAUACCACAGAACACACCCCUACACACCAUGUUGUACAGCCGCCUCAAGCCGUCUUUCCAGCAUGCAUUUGUGCUGCUGUUCUGCCUAUUGUACACUUAAUGGAGGAUGGGGAGGUUCGAGAAGAUGGAGUUGCAGUGAGUGCUGUUGCACAGCAGGUGUUGUGGAACUGUUUGAUUGAAGACCCUGCUUUAGUGCUUCGACAUUUCUUGGAGAAGCUCACUGUUAGCAACAGACAGGAUGAGCUGAUAUACAUGCUGAGAAAGCUCCUGCUUAAUAUUGGAGAUAUGCCUGCCCAGACAUCACACAUUCUUUUCAACUACCUGGUGGGCUUGAUCAUGUAUUUUGUGCGCACACCAUGUGAAUGGGGUAUGGAUGCCAUCUCAGCUACACUGACAUUCCUGUGGGAGGUUGUAGGUUAUGUGGAGGGACUGUUCUUUAAGGAUCUCAAGCAGACCAUGAAAAAAGAGCAGUGCGAGGUGAAGUUGCUGGUUACAGCCUCCAUGCCAGGAACUAAGACUUUGGUGGUACAUGGACAGAAUGAGUGUGACAUCCCCACACAAUUGCCUGUGCACGAGGACACUCAGUUUGAAGCACUUCUUAAGGAGUGUCUGGAGUUUUUUAAUAUCCCAGAGGCACGCUCUGCUCAAUACUUCCUCAUGGACAAGCGCUGGAACCUCAUUCAUUAUGCAAAGACUUAUGUGAGAGACAUUUACCCCUUCAGAAGAUCUGUAUCCCCUCAACUCAACCUGGUACACAUGCUGCCAGAGAAAGGACAAGAGCUAAUUCAGAAGCAGGUGUUCACCCGUAAGCUGGAGGAGGUUGGACGUGUUCUCUUCCUCAUCUCCUUAACACAGCACAUGCCUGCCACUCACAAGCAGUCCCAUGUGUCCCUUCUGCAAGAAGACCUGCUGCGUCUUCCCUCAUUUCCCAGGACUGCUAUCAAUGCUGAAUUCUCCCUUUUCAACGAGUCACAGGGCAAAGAACUGUUUGGCUUGGACACUCUUCACAAGAUGCUGUGGAUUAAGCUCUUGGAGGAAAUGUUUUUGGGCAUGCCCAGUGAACACCCGUGGGGAGAUGAGAUGAUGCUGUUCUUGAAUGUUUUGAAUGGUGCACUGCUACUACACCCAGAAGACAGCGCCCUCCUCAGGCAGUACACCGCCACAGCCAUCAACACAGCUGUACACUUCAACCAUCUCUUUUCUCUCAGUGGAUACCAGUGGAUUUUGCCAACAAUUCUGCAGGUAUAUUCUGAUUAUGAAAGUAACCCGUUGUUCAGAAAGGGUAUUGAGUUCUGCUGCCGACAGUUCUACAUUCUCCACCGUAAACCUUUUGUCCUGCAGCUGUUUGCUAGUGUUGCACCGCUGCUGGAGUUCACAACCAGCACCAGCACUGGGUUAGCCAAAGGAGUCUCGGCCCAGUGUCUUUUUGACUUACUUGUGUCUUUGGAGGGUGAGACUAAUGAUGCACUUGAUGCCCUUGAGCUUGUCAAGGCAGAGAAGCCACUACGUUCAUUGGACUUUUGCUAUGGAAAUGAUGACUUGGCUUUCACCAUCAGUGACUCCAUCAAACUAUGCGUGACAGUUGUUGCAUAUGCACCUGAGUCCUUCAGAAGUCUACAGAUGCUGAUGGUUCUAGAAGCAUUGGUGCCAUGCUACCUGCAGAAACUUAAGAAGAACACAGUGGCACUGGAAUCUGCAUGUGCAGCAAGGGAUGAGAUUGCUGCCAUUGCAGCGCUUGCUACAUCACUCCAGGCCUUACUCUAUAGUGUGGAGGCUUUGACACGACCGAUGACAGCCCCUCAGCUGAGUCGUUGUGAUCAAGGUCAUAAAGGAGCUACUGCUGCCAACCACACUCUGUCUGGAGGAGCCCACACACGUGAUGACCUGAAUCUGCUGGAGGAGGGUCAAGGUGUUCCACGCGAGGAGCUUGAUGAGAGGAUUGCACGUGAGGAGUUCAGACGACCACGAGAGUCUCUGCUUAACAUUUGCACUGAGUUCUACAAGCACAGUGGCCCCAGGCUCAAGAUUCUUCAGAAUGUUGCAGGAGAGCCACGCGUAACUGCUCUAGAGCUUCUGGACAUCAAAUCACACAUGAGAUUGGCUGAGAUUGCCCACUCCUUGUUGAAGCUGGCGCCAUAUGACACACUGACCAUGGAGAGUCGUGGGCUGCGUCGCUACAUAAUGGAGAUGUUGCCCAUCACUGAUUGGUCGACAGAGGCAGUUCGUCCUGCACUCAUCCUUAUUCUAAAGCGCCUGGAUAGAAUGUUCAACAAGAUCCACAAGAUGCCAACGCUCAGGUGCGCUCGCCCACAGGCUCUGGGCUCCAGACGGCAGGUGGAAUGGGAGGCAGCAAGUAGUCUGAUUGAAGGGAUCUGUCUGACAUUGCAGCGACAGCCAAUCAUCUCCUUCUUGCCUCAUCUGCGCUCACUCAUUAAUGUCUGCGUCAACCUGGUGAUGGGUGUUGUAGGUCCCUCUAGUGUUGCUGAUGGCUUACCUCUGCUUCACUUAAGUCCCUACCUGUCUCCACCCCUCCCUUUCAGCACUGCAGUGGUGCGACUUGUAGCUCUGCAGAUACAGGCUCUGAAGGAUGACUUCCCACUAAGCCAUGUGAUAUCCCCUUUCACCAAUCAAGAACGACGAGAGAGUAUGCUGCUCAACCUUCUGAUCCCAUUUGUACUCACAGUGGGGUCUGGAAGCAAAGAUAGUCCUCAUCUGGAGCAACCAGAGGUUUUGCUUCUGCUUCAAACGGUUUUGAACAUCCUCCUGCCCCCACGCAUCAUUAGCACUUCCCGUAGCAAGAGCUUUAUGUUGGAUUCCUCUCCUGCCCACUGUUCCACCCCUGGGGACACAGGAAAAGACUUCCGCAGAGAAGGAUUGACAGAGUCAACUAGUCAAGCUGCCUAUUUGGCUCUUAAGGUGGUGUUGGUGUGUUUUGAGAGGCAGUUGGGCAGCCAGUGGUACCAGCUUAGUCUACAAGUGAAAGAAAUGGCUAUAAGGAAGGUGGGCGGAAUGGCAUUCUGGGAUUUUAUUGACUUCAUUGUACGCACACGCAUACCUAUCUUUGUCCUGUUGCGGCCCUUCAUUCAGUGUAAGCUCCUGACACAGCCUGCCGAGUCUCAGGAAGAGAUCACAGCGCGGCACCACAUUGCGGAUCAACUGGAGAGACGCUUUAUCCCGCGGCCACUCUGCAAGAGCUCUCUGUUUGCAGAAUUUAGUAACGAGCUGAAGAUCCUAAAGGAGGCAGUGCACAGUGGCUCAGCAUAUCAGGGAAAGACGUCUAUUAGUACGGUGGGAACAUCCACAUCAGCCUAUCGCUUAAGUCUGGCCACGAUGUCCCGUUCAAACACUGGCACAGGGACGGUCUGGGAGCAGGACAGCCAGCCAUCACGCCAACCAUCCCAAGACACACUUAGCCGCACUGAUGAGGAAGAUGAAGAGAAUGAUUCCAUGAGUAUACCCAGUGUUGUAAGUGAGCAUGAGGCAUUUAUUCCAAGUGCUAUCACUCAUCGACGCUUUUCCAGCCAUGCCACUGGAACUUCACAGCCUGAACACAUCAGUGGCACCAUGCUUCCGAGCCACAGUGAACCCAAUGUGCUAGAUGAGUGCCAGGGACUGCUGGACGAGGGUAACCUGUCUAGGGUGGCAAGUGUCCAGAGUGAGCCUGGUCAACAAAAUAUGCUGAUCCAACCACCCUUAGGUAGAAAACGUGGCUUGCGGCAGUUGCGACGCCCCCUGUUGUCCAUACAGAAGGUGCCAACAGAGUCUCGUGGUCGCAGUGGAGCUAGACUUUCCACCACGCGCAGGAGCAUCCAACCCAAGAACAGACCACUGGAAACUUUAUUGGACUGUGAAGCUCACGGGGAACAGAAGCGCUCUGUAACUUUCACUGAGACACAGCCGGAGACCUGUUGUAAAUCUCCCCCAGAGAAAAGAAAGCCUAGUCCUCCUGCAUCUCCUCCCAGUGUUGCUGUGAAAGCAGUUCUGGAAAGUCCUGGUUGCCCACAGACUACUACCUCAGCAGAGAGCAAGGAGAUGAAAGAAAUGGCCACACUGAGCAACCAACUAUCUCCACCUCCUCACGUGUCACCUCACACCAUUUCUUGUCCUUCUACCCCUGUGUCUCGCUCAUUGUUUCCUCUAGCACCCACUUUGGUUUCUCUUCCAUCUCAUAUCGGAGAGAGCCCAGAAGAUGAAGAAACAUCCUUACUACUGCACCAUCCAGACCCAGCCCUAACCCAAAGAAAGGAGCAUGGGACAGAGAACCCCCUCCUGAAACCCCUCCUUCCACAGCCAGAGAUCUCCUGUGCCUCUCCUUUCACGUUAUCACCUGUAGACCUUGAUCUAAAUGAGUCACAUGUCUGAAAUAUAUUGUACAGUGUAGUCAGGUUGUACCAUCAAGCUGGCAAUUUUGCUGCAUAUUGAGUAAAAAAAGUAGCAGCCUAUUGACACAUUGCUUUCAGAGUGACCACAGCAAGCUACAUGUGAAAUACUAGUCAAGUCAGUUUUAUUUAGUAUAGCGCAUUUAACAUGCACAAAGUUGCUAAGAUGCACAUGUUACUAAGACACACCUAAACUAUUAUCAAUAAAUUAUAGAACAUUAUUGGGUAAUUAUUGUAGGUAAUAUCAGGGCUUUAGAGUGCGACCAAAAUUGUAAAGGCUGUGGCUAAAAUCUUUCCAGGGUCACACAGGUGCACCUAACGUCAUAAGGGUGAACGCUUUCCUCGCAUCUGCUGCUGUCAAACUAAGCGUUUGUUCUCCUUUGACUAGUGUUGCAUUACAAAAGUAUCACAAUACCCUGAAAUUAGAAACGUCACAAUACAUAAUUGUAUUAGUUAUCAAGACUUUUAAGAAUGACAGUGUUGUUUUUCAACAAGAUAAGGCCUACGUAUUUCAUGAAAUUUCUAAAUUCUUCAAUUGGUAUCUGUAUCGAAACAAUUUUGGUAUUGUGACAACACUACCUUUGACUGAACUCACACUCAUGGUAGGAUCAUAUUGUGGUCUAAAUCAGAGAGAGAGAGAUGGGGCAGGUCUUUGCCUCUGAUUGGCUGUGGUCCAGAUAUUCCUGUACACUGCAUAUGGGGUGCACCUAAAUGUUGUGCUGUAGCAGCCAUAGAUAUUAGAAAGCUAGAUACCGCAUUGGGCUCCCAAACAUACGUAAAUAGCGUCGUCAUCUUGGUGGGGGCAACAAUAACUGGAGGCCAAUGGAGGAGCAUGUGACUCUGACUGGAAAUCAAACAGGUGUCUCUGAUUGCGACAAGUGUUGCUGUCACUCUCCCAUAGACAUAGUAAACAAUAGUAAACAUGCUGCCCCCAGCAAUAUGGCUGCCGCGUUUACAUAUGCCACCUAAUAGAACUCGUGCCCAAUGCGGUAUCUAGCUUUCUAAUAUCUAUGGUAGCAGCUAAAUAAAAAGGUUAGGUGCACCAGUGCAACCAAUCAAAAAGCUAGUCUGGAGCCCGUAAUAUGUAGAUAAAUACAGAGAAGCAAUUCUUAGAAACACCUUCUGUAUUACCCAUCAAUUCAAGUUACAAAUGAAGUUAUCCCAGGUUUAAUCAUGCUUUACCUAAAAGAAUACAUUUCCAAAAAAUACUUCUUAUAUAAUAUGUAUACCCAUUUAGUUGCAACAACAUUGCAAAACUGUAAUUCCAUCAGGGAUUUUUGGUAUUCAUUAGUACACCAUGUAGUAGUAAGCAUUACUGAGUUUAUGUUCUUCACAGUGAUAAUAAUGUGUUAAUGUAGGCUAUGUCCCAGUGUGCAAAUAUCUCUCAAAGCUGUCACUGGGGAGUGUGUGAUGUGUGAAUGUGCCUGAAAGUAACCAGUGUAAUCAAAGAAACAAUGCAGUGCAAAUUGUGUAGCCCAGCUCUAGUCACAUUGGCAUGCACCAUUCACUGUUAUCAUAAUAUGUUUGACACCCAACCCACCCCACCUUCAGCUUAUAUGUUUAUACACACUUUCAUGUAAUCUAAAGGAAAAUGUGGAAUUACACUGGAAAGUCUUUUUUUUAUUUUGGGGUCAGAUGUACAGAUCACCAUGUUAGCAAUCGUUUUACUGUAGGUGUAACUUUCACUAUGUGCCUGAAAACAUGGCAUUGUUUGUAGAAACCACAUUGUGGCUAAAACUGUGCUCCACCUGAGAAUAUACACAGAAUAAGAAAUUCUACUCCUCUGAUUUAUGCAUACGUGGGAUGUUCUUAGGAAAAUUGAAGGACAAAAUUAACCCAGCUCGAGUUGCUGCAGCCGACAGCUAAAGCAACCAGGCUGCUAUACUGUAAGCGCUACACUCUGGGGGCAUGUUCAUGAGACCCCACGUUCAUGCACCUAAAGCUGUAGUUUUAAAUAACAUGAAUAGGAGAAACUUCCAGAAACAAUGGAGUAGAAAGCUGAGCUCUAGUUUGCUUAUAUGCCCCAUGUUAAGCUUUAUUAUGUUUACCUUCUUAUAUCAGCCACUUCCCCUUAUGUAGACGACUGUGAUUCUAUUGAACUUAGUUAGUUUUGUUUAAAAUUGGUUGCUCCAAUAAUGUGAUCAGUCACAGACUUAGGACAUUCUGCGUUAAAUGGGCAAACAGUACCAAAUCUCUGUCUAUGUUGCAUACUCUAACAUAUCUAAAAUACUCCCGAGCAUUGUGUUAAGAGUGGAGGUUGUUUUAAAAUAACACAAACAUAAAAUAACACAAACCAGCUUGAACCAGUUUUGGCCAAGACAGCCGAGGCUAAAGACUACAUAUAGCAUAAACAUAUUUAUGUGACGAAAAUAUAUGUGGAUGACUGUUUCUGCAUCAACAUCAAUUGGCUUUUUGCUGAAUGUCACAAGGCUCACACAACAGGGUUAAUCACAUUUGCUUGUGAAGCAAUAAAAUUGAUUCUGACACAUAAGACUCUAUUUUAGCGAACGGAAACGCCUGGUCAGAAGGUGUGCAGUCCACAUUCGCUCAUUUAACAACGUUAUUUUGUGAUCAGAGGCCAGGCGCAUUGUUCAAAAGAGUUGUUCUUGUGUUUCUUAAUCAGUCAUGGGGGUGUUUUGGGCGUUACAUCCUUUAAAGCAAUGAGAGUGACAUCUGACAUUCCCUUUAACAGCAAGCAGUGCAACACCAAACAGUGUGUUGGUAUUUUGACAGUCAGCGCAUUUGAAGGAAUUUGAAUUCAAGGAAGGGUUUUUCUUGGUUCUUGGUUGUCUUGGAUUAGAGGAUGUAAGAGCGAUUUUAGGAUCAUGCGCCAGACAACACCUGUUUCGUGAAUUUACACACCCCUGGGUGCGAAAGGGGGGGCUCAUGGCGAAAAAUUAAUCACUGAAUUGGGUGUAAAUUAAGAACAAACCUUGCGUUGUGCUUUAUGUCGGGUGUAUGAUGGGGCUCAUAGACCCUUACAUCAGUGUUGAUGGUUGUGAAAAAAUUAUCUUGAUAUGCUUUUGUACUAAACAAUAACAUACAGAUGAAAUGUUAAAGCAGGUCAACAUUAUUACCAAUUUGCCUAUUGCUGAAUCAAUGUCAGAAUUAAUUCUAUCGCUCAACAAGCAGAUAUGAUUAGACCUGUUUUCCGGUUUACAAUACAUACCGUUAACUUAAUUUGGACAGCUGUUGCUUUGAUUAAUUGCCUAGUUGUAUUUUUGUUUUAUAUAUUUCUUUUUGUUUUAAACUAAAAUGAUGUAUGGCUCCUUUAAUUUGAGUAAAUAUGAGGAUUGCUUUUUUAUGAAUUAACCCCAGUAUAGUAUGGAUUUGGCAUGGCAAGGCUACAACUUGUUAAGUGAAUUCGUUGUAGUCAGGAUUUGUUCCUCUGCAUGAAAAUUUAGCUAGCAGAGUGAUAAAUUACAGUCAGUGUGCUUUUCCAUGAACCUCUUUCAAAUGCACAGUUAUCUGUUCAGAAAACAAAAGGAAGCAGCACUUCUUCUCUGUUCACUGCUCAAUGUAAUUAUAUUAAGCUGUUCCAUAAGCGGAUAUUUAGACUUCAGCCAAGCAAACUAUUUGUAGCUGUCUGUAUGUGUAAAAUGUAAGCUUAUGUGUCUAUGUGUCCAUGUAUCCAUAUUACAUUCUGUAUUUAUUGAAACAAAAAGUGAAUUAAACCAUUUCUAUUUAAAAAUAUAUGUACAUGAAAACAAAUUCAAUAAAGUAUAUCUGCAAGAA